ACAUACACAGAGCCGCGCGCGCUUGACAGCACAGUAGCAGCGGCAGCAGCAUCGGCAGCAGCAGCAGCAGCGGCAGCAGCAGUGGCAGCAGCAGUAGUUUCGUUCCAUCCAUCCAGGGGGGCCGAUCAAUCGACAUCGACAUUCGGCAACUGCAUAAGGUAGUGCGUGCGUGGUGCUACCCUAGGUCUAAGCUCUAACCGAAGAUGACGGUCAUCACGAAGGCAAUCAGCGAGAAGAAGGCGAAGACUGCCUCCGACAAACUUGAGCAGCCAUUGGUUGUUGAUGGCGCGGAUGGAGCCACCGACGAUUCACAAGUUGAUCCAGAAUCUCAAGUUCCGAAAAGCGAUUUCGUGGUCAGGAAGCGUUACUUAAUUUUGAGCAGCAAUGCCCUUCGUCCCAGUGCCAUGACAACAUUAUGCCUCUUUAUGACGGCGAUCAUUGUCAUGAGCAUUGGCAUAAUUGGAGGUCUUUGCAUUUACAAACUGUACGCCAGAGACCAGAUGCAGAGAUUCCGUACCGGCUGGUAUAGCAUUCCUUAUGAUGGAACAAACAAGCCACAGUACGAUGAGUACCACUACAUGUCGCAGAGUGUGCUCAAUGAUGAUUUAUUCAAAAGUUUAACCAGGGCUACCGAACAGCAAGCCAUGGCUCUGGAAAAAGCUAUUCAGAAUUCGGAAAAUUACUUCAAGGAACGCUUCGAAAUUGAUCUUGAAAAUGAAUACUACGAAAAAAUUGAUGUACCUGAUUUUCGCGGAGGACGACAAGGCCGAUUUAUCCACGACUUUAACAUUAACAAAACUGGCAUUGUUGAUAUAGAUGGAAAAUGCUGCUUUGUUAUGCCAUUGAACCGCCAGCGAGUCUUGCCGCCACGUAAUAUGUAUGACCUUUUGAAGAAAAUGUACAAUGGUUAUUAUGAAGUAGAUACUGAAAUUGUUAGAGAAACUAUGAAAGUUGUUGUUCCACCAAUUACUGAUCUUUCCACUGUUGGAACAUAUAUUGCUCGUGAAUGUCAAAAUAUGUCAACCUACUUGUUGCAACCAGUUAAUGGUAUAAUUUACAAACGCAGUGUAUCCGAUGGAGUAUAUGGUCAAUUUGCAGGUGAAAAAAUUAUAGAAUUGGAUAUUCUUAAUUUAGACACCAUUCUUGCCAAUAAAAAAUAAAUGUUAAUUCUAUGGCAUACGUAUAUACAUGAUUAUAUGCGUAUUAUUUUAUUUAGCAAUAGUUGCGUAUCUUUUGUUAUAAUUUUUCCAUUUUUGGCCGUAGAAAACAAAAGUCAUCUCUGACACAAAUGUGCAUAAUAUAACUUGCAACUUCAUAGUUAUUUAAUUUAGCUGAGAAAAAGCAUUUGAGUUGAGUGAGACUGACUAUUGUGAUCGAGCUGCGUGCGUGCGUUUCAAGUAUUAUUACAACUAUUCAAAGUAAUUGUUUAUGUAUUUAACAUAUGUUUCUAUAAAUACCAAUGUGCAAAGUAAUUGUUACACUGCAAUUAUCAACUUUUCUGUUCACGCCAAAGUGCGAUGUUUGUACGUAUUUUAAAAGUCUGUAGCUCUUAUCACGUUUAUUUCUUCAUGAAUAUCUUAUUGACACAUUUAUAUACUUAUAUACUUCACAAUAUACAUAUAGUUGUGAUUUUGAUAUGAAUCACAAAAUUAGU